AUGCAGAUAAUGGUGUCACCAAUGUGCGAUCAUUGCACUAUAGAAAGAGCCACUGUUUAUUGUAAGACACAUUUGGCUAGGGUUUGUCUACAAUGUGACCGGUUGUUACACUCCGUGACUGAUGACAAUCCCGAUCACGAUCACCUGCGGUUUCUGUUGUGCAACAUUUGCGUUUCGCAUACGGCGGCUGUACAAUGUCUUGAUAAAGGAUUGUGCCUAUGCCAAACAUGCGUUUCAAACGCUAAUGUAAUCUCGCGUUUUGUUUUUUAUAACGGUUCUAAUAAAAAUUCGGGUGAUAGUUAUUCUCCUCCACCAGAUCUUGAUCUAGAUUCUUUUUCCUCAACUUCCUUCAUUGAUCUCAAUUGGGGAUUUCCAUUUGUUUCAUUGCCUCUCAAUAAUGGGGACUCAUCAUCAUUUUCUGGAAUCAUUCAAAAUUUUGACAAUUAUACAAAGAAUUAUAGUGAUCAUCAAGUGCCUAUGCUUCAGCCUGAUUAUUUGGGCAUUCCUAAGGAUAGUCCAUGUUUAGGCUUUAAUAGCUACGAAAGUAUUAAAGAAGAUAUAGAGAAUGUUUGGACGAACAAUUUUUCCGGCGACGAGGUGGUAUUAGACCUAAAAGAAUGUUUUCCCGGGGAAGAUUUGAUCCUAACUGAAUUAAUCGAUGAAAUACAUAAUGCAGAGACCACGACCGAGGCAAAGGAAGAGACCAAUAAUAAUAUUGGAAUAUUCCCUAACGCUCUUGUUCAACUUGACUCAUGUGGACCAUCGCAGUUGAUUCUGACAGAUGAGAUGUUACCAUGGGAGGAUCAAACACUUGCCCCUAAUCAUAGAUACGAUCCGCGAUUACGAGAAGAGGCGAAGAAGAGAUAUUUCGCAAAGAAGAAGAAACGCAAGUAG